CUCGGGGCUCUGGCUUGUGCCCACUAGACGUACCCCCGGGUCCCGACUCCACCCCUUGCCGGUGCCCGCCUCCUUCCCCCAUGUCCUUGCCUACAGUAAGGCUCCGCGCGUCCUCCCCGCCCCCUCGGCGGGUCCCGGGGAGGGGAAGGGGGCGGGCAGUGCAGGGGGUGUGACAGCUCCCGCCCGGACCAGUGCCAAUUGCAGCUUCGCUUCAGCGCCCGGUGCCAGCUGGCUCUUUCGUCUGGGACCAAGGCGGAGGCACUGGGCUCCAUAGUCGGUGUUUGGGAGGGCGGGGGGCGUCCCCCACGCCCCCAGCCCUGUACACACCCAAGACAAGCCUCUCUACUCAGGCCUGCAUCUAGCUGCCUGGCAGCCAGUUGGCCCGGUAUUCACAGCCCCAAGGACAUACGAGGCUCCCCUCCAAGAUCCCCCUGUGGAGCUGCCCAGGGCUCGCUCGGGAUCCUCCAGCCUUUUGCUGGAACCUGCAGGGCUGUGCGAGCUUCAGUAGAAACAUGAAGGUGGGUUGGCCAGGUGAGAGCCGCUGGCAAGUGGGCCCGGCUGUGGAAGAGAGUCCACCACAGGUGGGUAGCCUCCCUGAAGUGGUGCCGGAGGGGACACUGCUAGACAUGGUGCUGAGGAGGAUGCAUCGGUCCCGGAGCUGCUCCUACCAGCUGUUGCUCCAGCACCGGCGCCCCAGCUGCAUCCAGGGUCUUCGCUGGACUCCACUUACCAGCAGUGAAGAGUCCCUGGAUUUCAGUGUGAGCCUGGAACAGGCCUCCACAGAACGGGUACUCAGGGCUGGGAAGCACCUGCAGCGACAUCUCCUGGUUACCUGCCCAACCCUCAUCCGUGACCGAAAGUACCAUCUUCGGCUCUACAGGCAGUGCUGCUCUGGCCGGGAGCUUGUGGAUGGGAUCUUGGCCCUUGGGCUUGGGGUCCAUUCUCGGAGCCAAGCUGUGGGCAUCUGCCAGGUGCUACUGGAUGAAGGUGCCCUCUGCCAUGUGAAACAUGACUGGACCUUCCAAGACAGAGAUGCUCAAUUCUAUCGCUUUCCUGGGCCAGAGCUGGAGCCCACAGGAGCUCGUGAGGUGGAGGAGGAGUUGGUUGAAGCAAUGGCCCUGCUGACCCAGCGGGGGCCUGAUGCCCUGCUUACUGUGGCACUUCGAAAGCCCCCAGGUCAGCGCACGGACGAGGAGCUGGACCUCAUCUUUGAGGAGCUGCUGCACAUCAAGGCUGUGGCCCACCUCUCGAACUCGGUGAAACGCGAAUUAGCAGCUGUUCUGCUGUUUGAACCACACAGCAAAGCAGGGACUGUGUUGUUCAGCCAGGGAGACAAGGGUACCUCAUGGUACAUUAUCUGGAAGGGAUCUGUCAAUGUGGUGACCCAUGGGAAGGGGUUGGUGACCACACUACACGAGGGAGAUGACUUUGGACAGCUGGCUUUAGUGAAUGAUGCACCCCGGGCAGCCACUAUCAUCCUGCGAGAAGAUAACUGUCAUUUCCUACGUGUGGACAAGCAGGACUUCAACCGCAUCAUCAAGGAUGUGGAAGCGAAGACCAUGAGACUAGAAGAACAUGGCAAAGUGGUACUGGUGCUAGAGAGAACUUCUCAGAGCACUGGCCCAUCUCACCCGCCAGCCCCGGGCAGGAACCGGUAUACAGUGAUGUCUGGUACCCCAGAGAAGAUCCUAGAACUUCUGUUGGAGGCCAUGCGGCCGGAUUCCAGUGCCCAUGACCCAACAGAGACCUUCCUCAGUGACUUCCUCCUGACCCACAGUGUCUUCAUGCCCAGUGCCCAGCUCUGUGCUGCCCUCCUGCACCACUUCCAUGCGGAGCCAGCGGAGCCCACUGGAGGCAGUGAGCAGGAGCGCAGCACAUACAUCUGCAACAGGAGGCAGCAGAUCCUGCGGCUGGUUAGCCAGUGGGUGGCCCUGUAUGGCCCCAUGCUCCACACCGACCCGGUGGCCACCAGCUUCCUCCAGAAACUGUCAGACCUGGUGAGCAAGGAUGCCCGACUUAGCAACCUGCUGAGGGAGCAGUGGCCAGAGAGGCGGCGACUACACAGGUUGGAAAAUGGCUGUGGGAACGCAUCUCCUCAGAUCAAGGCCCGGAAUGUGCCUGCUUGGUUUCCCAGCCAGGACGAUCCCCUUUCCAGCAGCAACAGUGCCAUCCGAGUUGGGGACAAAGUCCCCUAUGACAUCUGCCGACCAGACCACUCAGUGCUGACCCUCCAGCUGCCUGUGACAGCCUCAGUGAGAGAGGUGAUGGCAGCCUUAGCCAGGGAGGAUGGCUGGAUCAAGGGCCAGGUGCUGGUGAAGGUCAAUUCUGCAGGUGAUGCCAUUGGCCUGAAGCCAGAUGCCCGUGGUGUGGUCACAUCCCUGGGUCUCAACGAGCGGCUCUUUGUUGUCAACCCACAGGAAGUGCAUGAGCUGACCCCACACCCGGAGCAGCUGGGACCCACGGUGGGCUCUGCUGAGGUGCUGGACCUGGUGAGUGCCAAGGACCUGGCAGGCCAGCUGACAGACCAUGACUGGAACCUCUUCAACAGUAUCCACCAGGUGGAGCUGAUUCACUAUGUGCUGGGCCCACAGCACCUGCGAGAUGUCACCACCGCCAACCUGGAGCGCUUCAUGCGCCGUUUCAAUGAGCUGCAGUACUGGGUGGCCACGGAGCUCUGUCUGUGCCCCGUGCCUGGCCCACGGGCCCAGCUGCUUCGGAAGUUCAUCAAGCUGGCAGCCCACCUCAAGGAGCAGAAGAAUCUCAACUCCUUCUUUGCCAUUAUGUUUGGCCUCAGCAACUCGGCCAUCAGUCGCCUGGCCCAUACCUGGGAGCGGCUACCCCACAAAGUCCGGAAGCUGUACUCAGCCCUUGAGAGGCUGCUGGACCCCUCAUGGAACCACCGAGUAUAUCGACUGGCCCUUGCCAAGCUGUCCCCUCCUGUGAUCCCCUUCAUGCCCCUUCUUCUCAAAGACAUGACCUUCAUCCACGAAGGAAACCACACACUAGUGGAAAAUCUCAUAAACUUCGAGAAGAUGCGUAUGAUGGCCAGAGCAGUGAGGAUGCUGCACCACUGCCGAAGCCACAGCACUGUGCCUCUCUCACCACUCAGAAGCCGAGUUUCCCACCUUCAUGAGGACAGCCAGACAUCAAGGAUUUCCACAUGCUCAGAGCAGUCACUGAGCACCCGGAGUCCAGCCAGCACCUGGGCUUAUGUCCAGCAGCUGAAGGUCAUCGACAACCAGCGGGAACUCUCCCGCCUCUCCCGGGAGCUGGAGCCAUGAGGAAGGGUUGGGACUGAAGCAGGCACUUCCCUCGGAAAAGUCAGGGCAGGCCCGGGCCAAGAGACCCACAGGCUGGUCACAGCUGGGCAGGGCUCUCCAAGGAGUGGACUUGAGGCCCUGGAGUGGGCGGCAUGGAGGCGGCUGUCCCCUGUGAUGACUGGCAGCUAAGGAGGACCACUGAAGAGUGGAAAUGAGCUGUGGCCCAAAGCCAAGGAAUGGGGGACAAUGAGGUCCUGGGAGUGGGUGGGAGAGCUGGGCAGACGGUGGACUCUGUGUUCAAUAGAGAGCUCUCCACAUCAGGUUUCAUCCAGCUUCUGUGCCUCGUGCUCUGCUGUCCAGCCGCCACCAGGUCCCUGUGCCUGUUUCCACAGUGGACUGAGAGAGCUUGCACGUGCCUGGCAUGUGU